UCAUUUAGCAUGCAAACUACAGACAUACCCCACCGGCGAGAGGAACAAUAAUAUUACAGAAUCAUUAACAGUAACAAAGAAAAGUACAUUCAGAAAAAGAGACAGACAGUACCAAAGAAGAGUACAAACAGCCAGAAUCAGAGAAGACAAGAGACUUCCUGUAUACGCAAGAGAGUGUCUUGUUGGUUGCUAGCAGUUUGUUGUUGAAUGAAAGCAGUCAUCCUUGACCUGCUAGACAAUAUGAAAACGGAGUGUGUGGUAGUGGCUGCAAAUGGCAACUUUUCUAUGAACUACUUAUUGUUUUAGUUUACAUCGAAAGUACUACUUCUGUCUGAUUCAGCUCCCUUGGCUUUACACAGCAAAAUGGCAACUCCCUUCAAAGUUCCCAAGAGAAAACAACCAACUAAAGCUGACCGCUUGCACAUGCAGUCACCUCUUUCACGUGUCCAGGAUUCCAUCGGCCCAUUCAAGACAAGCUGGUACAAUCGGUCUUCCAAUGGAACAAGGCCUGAACAGUUUGGCUCUCUGAAUGGACACAUCUCCAGAGCUGGGAAAGACAGCGCUUUGCUAGAUGUCUGUAAAGUGCGGCUUGGGCCUGGUCAUCCAGGCAAUGGGAACUCAAGCCAGUCAACAGCCUUUCAGAGACGAGGCCAGACUCCAGUCUCCAGCCUCCGAGGACCUUCUUCAGAGCACAACCAGUGGAGAGGACCACACCUUUCCAACACCCUGAAGCCUUCACCUCCCCGCUGUCAGCCAAAAGUCAACGGAUUGUCGAAGAAACCGACAGAAUCUCCUACGUGCAAAGGGCCUGUUAAUAUGUUGACAAGCCCUGUGACCUCACAGUCAGUCCAGAAAGCUGAGCCACAACUCAGAUGGCGCCCUAAGAGAGCGUCAGACACACUGUGUCAGGAUGAGAAUCAGCAGGCUGGGUGUGUGUCGCCUCCAUUCAAGACGUCCCGUGCAGAGUUCAGUGAAGAUUCUGAACUGACUGUGAGAUGCAGCCCAGUGGAGUCUGAUGAGGAAUUUGAAUCGAAACCGUCUCCAGAAAGAAAGGCGGACCAAUCCUCAAAGUCAGGCGACAGAUACUCUCCGUCCCCGAGAGAACCAACAUGGCGGCGACAUGUCUCAGGGAUGAAUGGACAUCCACCAAAAAACACUGAGGAGGAGAAGGCGUUAAGGACGAAGAGCGUCACAUUAUCGCUGAACGGGGUCACGAGGAGUCCUGGGCCAAGCCCCAGAGGGAGUGUCCCGCCAGGUCACUGUAGCCUGAGUUCAGAUGGUGACGGCCGGCCCGUGACCUCAGGGUACAGAGGUGCGUCCCCCACACUCGAUUCUGCUGGGCCCUCGCUGACCCGGGCCGCCCAGGAGAAGCGUCUGUCCCUCGGCAGGCCUUCCCUUCGAUCGAACCCCAACGUCAGGGGCGGAGAGAGGAGGCCUCAGACCAGGUUUCUGUCCCUCCACCUCAGGCUGAGGAGACCCGCGCCCCCGUCCACGGAACCUAUUGUGCUGUCAAGUGAAGAUGAGGAGGGCCGGGAUGACGAAGAAGUGCCCCCUCGGGAGUGUCCCGGGCUGAAGACGCCACCCAGGCAGUGCCCACCCACCCCAGAGCGACAGGUCCCCAAACAGGUGGUGGAUGGAGAGAGAACCGGGGUGUCACAGCCGCUUCCCUGCAUCAUGGAGCUGUCCUUCCGCACACUUCACGCCGGCGAGGCCCAAGCGCAGGCCAAUGGGAACCUGGUGGUAACAGACGAUGGCAUCACUUUACCACUGAAAGAUUCCAGCGUGUCGUCGGAAGGGGAGGGCACGUCCUUGAGCCUGGUGGCAUCCCAGCUCCGGGGGUACGGGGUGUGGGACGGGGGCCUGGCCCAGGGCGGGAGCCUCUUCCAGGGCUUUGGCGGACGAGCCGCCCCCUCCCUGCUCUUCCUCUGGGUGUCUGACGCCCAGGCCAACCUGGUGCAGACGGAGCUGUCGGUCCUCCACCCCAUCACUCUUCCCGGUCAGGCCUGUCCAUUCCUCCUCCUGGUCCUCUGUGAACAGCUGGGUGAUCUCCAGGCUGCUCUGCUGGCCUCCAUGCUGGACGUAGAGGCCUUCCGCCAGGGUCGCUCCCAUGACCUGAAGAGCCCCCUGUCCUGGGCGGAGGGCGUUGCCCUGAUACACAGUUGCCCUCAGGACACCCACCUCCUCAGCCUGCUGGGACAGAGCCUGGCUUCAGACCCUGAUCCUGGGGCAGCAAAGAGGAGCCCGACUCGGAGCAGAGGGAACCACAGAAGCCUAGAGCGCGGUUCUAGACUCCAGACACUGCUACCUACCAGGUUGAUCCAGUACCCACCGCUUCCCUCCAGAGGACGCAUUGCCGUGACAACGGAGGACCUCGACUGCCUCGACAGAGGCCAGUUCCUCAAUGAUGUCAUCAUCGACUUCUACCUCAAGUACCUCCUCCUGGAGCGGGCUCCGGGCCCCCUGGCGGAGAGAUGUCACGUCUUCAGCAGCUUCUUCUACAAGCAGCUGACCCGCCGCGACACAUUCCUGGAGGAGGCGGCCGCUGUCCCGGCCAGGGACAGGAGGCACCAGAGAGUGGGGACGUGGACCCGUAAUGUUGACAUCUUUGACAAGGACUACCUGUUUGUGCCCGUCAAUCACGAAGCGCACUGGUAUCUGGUGGUGAUCUGUUUCCCUGGCCUGGAGCAGGCCCAGCACGAGGAGUGGUCCGGCCCGGUAGAGGUGGAGAACAGUGGGGAGAAGAGGAAAUGGGAGUCCCAGGCUUCAGCCGGGCCUUCUCCGGAGGCCGGCCACACCAAAAUGAAGGAAGCAGGUCGAGCUUCAGGUCGAGCGAUAGAAGACGAAAGGAAACCUAAGUUAAGGCGUCACAGCCCACCGGAGUGCACCCAGGAAGGUUGUCGAAGGAAGACCGUUGUUAAGAAGCCCUGCAUUCUCGUCAUGGACUCCCUGAAGCUCUCUUACCACGAGCCCAUAUACAAACUGUUGAGGGAUUAUCUUCACGUAGAGUGGCGGGUGCGUAGACGGACCCCUCGGGAUUUCACUGGGGAUAGCAUGAAGGGUUCCCACUGUCGGGUCCCCCUACAGGACAACAGCAGCGACUGCGGCCUCUACCUCCUGCAAUACGUGGAAAGCUUCCUGCAGAACCCGGUGGUGCACUUUGACCUUCCUGUUGUCUUGGAGCACUGGUUUCCGCGGCAGCAGGUGUGGCGGAAAAGGGAGGAGAUCCGAAACCUGGUGAUGGAGCUCCACAGUCGCCAAGACAAGGGGGCUAGCAGCGGGCUGUAGCCAAGGUAGCCAGCUUCCCUCCACAUCCUGGAAAUGCUAUGCACUGUUACUACGAUACCUCUACACUGUGAAGACCCUUCAUUUAAAAAUAAAGUGUAAAAAUUAGAUAUUUAAACUAUUUCUGUAUAUUUUAACUGUAUUUGUUUUAAAUAUUCUAAAAUGUGAAUAACUUGUCACAGGUUGUUUCUGAACUGGUUUAUAAUGUGAAUACACAAAAUAAUAGGAUUUUUACUUUAAUAAAAUUCUUCAUUAAUCAUG